GAAAAACGAUCCUCUCUCUCUCCACUCCGUACUAUUCAUCACCUCUUCCCCCUUCUCACUCUCCCUCUCUCUCUCUCGCGUUUCCAAAACCCUAGCGGAGAAAACCCUAGCAUCGAGGUCGUCCAUGGCGAAGAAGAUAACGCUGAAGAGCUCGGACGGGGAGAUCUUCGAGGUGGACGAGGCGGUGGCGGUGGAGUCGCAGACGAUCAAGCACCUGAUCGAGGACGCUUACGACGAGGACGGGAUCCCGGUCCCCAACGUCAACGCCAAGAUCCUCUCCAAGGUGAUCGAGUACUGCAAGAGGCACGUCGACGCCGCCGCCGUCGCCGCCGCCGCCAAGCCCUCCGCCGGCGGCGGCGGCGGCACCGGCGCCGGAGACGACUCCGCCUCCUCCUCCAAGGCCGUCGAGGAGGAGCUCAAGCAGUGGGACGCGGAGUUCGUCAAGGUCGACCAGGCCACCCUCUUCGACCUCAUCCUGGCUGCAAACUAUCUUAACAUAAAGGGACUGCUCGACCUGACCUGCCAAACUGUGGCUGACAUGAUCAAGGGAAAGACGCCCGAAGAGAUCCGCAAGACGUUCAACAUAAAGAACGACUUCACCCCCGAGGAAGAGGAGGAGGUGCGGAGGGAGAACCAAUGGGCCUUCGAGUGAACAGUAUGACGAUGACCUAUUGUCCUGAUAGAUGAUAAUGGGCGGGUUUAUAGCUCGGGGGAAUAAUCGCAGGCCUCUUUCUUCUUCUGACUAGCUCUUAUUACGAAGUCGAUGUUGCUAUGUAACUUGUAAUAUGGUCGGUUGUGCGUAGCAGACCAUUGAAGGACUACCUACCGACCUCAUUUGGAUAAUAUUUCUCGUCACUCUGUGAACUAUCUUCUGUUGAUGGUUAUCAAUGUGGGAUGUUUGCAUCGCAUUUCUACU